AUGGUUCAUGCUGUGAUGGCGGCAGCAGGCGCACGUGCUGCUGCAAGCAUGGCAGGAGGAGGCAAGGGUGCCGAAGGAACCAGCAGCCCUGGCAUAAGGACUCCAGGUGGCACGGGUGGCAUGGGUGGCAUGGGUGGCAUGGGUGGCAUGGGUGGCAUGGGUGGCAUGGGUGGCAUGGAUGAUCUAGGUGGCAUGGGUGGCAUGGGUGCUAUGGGUGGUACAGGUGGCGUGAGGGGGGUGGAGAACGCAGCAAGUGAAUGGAGCAGCCAGUCACAGGAGGGUUCACCGGCUGGUGCAAGGAGAAAGCAGCUGAGCGAGGUGGAGGAGAUGAUAGGCGUUGGGGAUAAGGGGAUAGCAGGGGAGGAGGGAGGGGGGUCUAUGUCUGAGGUGCCUAAAGCGGAGAAGAAAGCGGAGAGCGCGGGAUGGGGAAAGCAGGGCGGAUCGGUGGGGACAAAAGGAGGAAGGCUGGGAGCACGGACUAUGGGGGAAGGAGAGGAAGGGGGAGGCUCUGAACGGGAAGGGGUGAUUGAGGAAGAGGUGGAGAGGGACCCCUUCGAAAGGGAACUGCAAGCGGAAGCAGAACAGGGAGCAGAAAGGGAAGUGGAAGUGGUAGCGGAAAGGGAAGUGGAAAGUGAAGCGGAAAAGGAAGCUGAGAAGCUGGGUCCAGGCGCUGAAGCACAGGAAGCGGGUGUCUUGGAGGGAGAUGUACCUGCAGCAGGUGCUGUUGCGGAGGAGGGAGAGGUGCUUGCUGGUAUUGCUGCUGCUAUUGCGGAGGAGGGAGAGGUGCUUGCUGGUAUUGGUGCUGCUAUUGGGGAGGAGCGAGAGGUGCUUGCUGGUAUUGGUGCUGCUAUUGCGGAGGGAGAGGUGCUGGGUGAUCGUGGCGGUGGUGCUGCUGCUGCUGAGGAGGGAGAGGUGCCUGCUACUGCUGUUGCUGCAGAGGAGGAAGUUGUGCCUGCUGCUUUUGCUGCAGAGGAGGAAGUUGUGCCUACUGCUUUUGCUGCAGAAGAGGGACCGGCGGCCAGUGGUGUUGGUGCUUCCUAUAUUGCCACUGCUGAGGAGGGAAAGGUGCCUGCUGCUUCUACUGCAGAAGAGGGAGAGGUGGCUGUUGUUGCAGAGGCAGCGAGAGACGUACCGGCAGAUGAGGCGCCAACACUUGGUACCAUGGUUGCAGCUAUGCUACCGACGACAGUGGUGCGUAUGUUGGGGUUGGAAGGUGAGGGCGAGGCAAGCAAGGGGCGAGAGGGGGAGGAGAUGCGGGCAGAGGAGGAGCAGCGGGAGGAGCAGGCAGGGUGGAAGGGGCGGGAGGAGAAGAAGCAGCAGCAGCAGGCUUGGCAGCAGGAAGAGGAGCAGGAACAGGUGGAGCAACAAUUUGGCCCAAGUGACACUGCUGAGGAGGAGACCAAAGUGCCUGCUGCUGCUGAUAUUGCUGCUACUGCUGCUACUGCUGCUGCAGAGGAGGGGGAGGUGCCUGCAGUUGUUACUGCUGCGGAGGAGGGGGAUAAAACGCCUGCUGCUUUUGCUGCAGAAGAGGCAGGGACGACUGAUGUUGCAGAGGUAGCAAAAGAGGCGCCAGCAGAUGAGGAGGCGCCAACACUUGGCACCGUGGUUGCAGCUAUGCUACCCUCGACGGUGGUGCGUAUGCUGGGGUUAGAAGGUGAGGGCGAGGCAAGCACGAGACGAGAGGGGGAGGCGGAGAUGCUGGCAGAGGCAGAGGAGGAGCAGCGGGAGGAGCAGGCUGGGUUCACCGGGCGGGAGGGGAAACAGGAGGAGGAGCAGCAGCGGGAGCAGCAGCAGCAGAAGAAGCACCAGCAGGGUUGGCAGGAGGAGGAGGAACAGGAACAGGUCGAGCAGCAGAUUGGACGAAGUGACAAUGCUGAAGAGGGAGUGGAGGGAGGAGAGCGGGGGAAGCAGCCUUGGAGCACGGCUGUUCUUGCAGCAGCUGCGCUCCCUUCCUGGCUCUCCCCUGCGAAGGGCACAGAGAGAGGAGCGGGAGUAGUGACCGAGGAGGAGGCAAGCGAGGUGCAGCAGCAGCAGCAGCAUCAGAAGAUGCAGCCGCAGCAGCUGCUGAAGAUGCAGGAGACCCAAGAGGAGGACACGCAGCCUCCUGAAGUUCAAACGGCACAAAGUUUUCCAAGUCAUGGAGAAGAAGGGAAGCAGGGAGUUGAAGAGAUGCCUGCUGGGAAGGGUGAAGGCGCAACUGAGGGCCUGUCUGCAGGAGGGAAGAGUGCAGGUCCGACCAAGGGCCUGCACACAAGAUUUCUUGAGAGCAUAAUGUCUGGCGUGGAUUGGAGCAACGUGGCUGCACAGGAAACGAGCGGCACUCCCAAGGAGACAAUGCUCGGUGGAAAGGCAGCAGAGCCGUCUGAAGUGGCAUCUGGCUGGAUUCCUGGGGAGAGAGUGUCUGACAUGCCACUAGGUACCCCUGAAACCCCAGAAGUGGGUACGUCCGAGCUGCCAGGAGAAAGUGUGUCAGGGAUUCCAGAAAAGCUUGGAAAACAAACAGGGUGGGCUGGGCUGGCAAGAUGCAGUAGGUCCGAGGAAGGGGGAGGGGAUGUGGCUCAGGAAGGGGGUGUGGCUCAACCAGUGGGAGAAGAGGGGGCUGUGAACGAAUCAGGGGGUGGGUUGGAUGUGAAUGCAUCAGGGGAGAUGGGAGAAAAUGUGACGGGAUGGGGGGAUGAGGAGGUGGAUGAGCCGAUGAGCGUGGAGGAGAGUGCACGGCUGGUGGAAGAAGCAAGAGGGGAGCUGAGAGGGGCGCAGGAGGACAUGGCUAAAGCAUUGGAGAGGCAGAUGCAUAUGCUGGCGGCAUGA